AUGACGCUAUCAGGGAUAGCAAGUGGACGAUUCAACAAAGCGCCUCCGCCCACCAGAGACGACGUCUUUCUGGCAGCGAUCAUUCUACAACUUGUCUCGUUCAUCGAGACGCAAGCCGUGAGCUACGACAUCAACGCAACAUUCAGCAAGAUCGACUGUAAGCAACCAUGGGGCCGCCCGCUCCACUCUGCCGUCAGGACCGCCGUGCUCGCUGCCGUCCUGACACCCCGCACCGACGUCAACGUGCUUGAGAAUGGGUCGCUGGCGCUCGAGACGGCGGCCUGCCUGGACAACAAGGCGGCCAUACACACGCUAUUAGCCUGGCCAAACGUGCACUGCCGCGCCGACGGUGACGCGGUAACAAAAGCAGUGGUUGCGGCGUUCGAGAACGACCACACAGACGCCGAAAUGAUGAUCCUGGCACACGCAGCUCCUGCGGUGCUCAGUAUCGCCCUCCCCACGUGCUUGGUCGCGUGCUGCUGGCACGGGUCGCUGGACGCGGCGCGUGCGCUCCUUGACAAGGCUGUCACCGCGCUCGGGACAGAUGCCGCCGUUGUUGCCGACGCGGUCAACGAUGCGAUGUUUUCCGCAAUCUGUGCGGGGCAUGAGAAGAUGCUGCGCUUCCUCGUGCAGCGGGGCGGGCAGCUGGGCUCCUUAUUCAUGCUCUCCGAGCAGGUGCACGUACUCAUCUGUAACGGGAACGUAGGCAUGCUGCGCAUGCUGGUAGAUGCGGGCUUCCGGGCCGGAUACGACGGGUACGACGGGCUGGAGACGGCAGCGAAGCUCGACGCCAGCGACACCGUUCGCGCGCUCGUGCAGAUGGGCGCGGUGGCGCUCGACGAGAACACUGAGGAGGCGCAACGCUAUAAGAUCACGCAGCGCGGGGAUAUGGCGCGUUGGUGCAAGGCGGUGCUGAUGGGGUGGGCAUGCGCGUACGGAAAUGUCGAGUUGGUCAGGUUUUAUGCUGCCAACGGGUUUUCCGUUACCCCUGAUUACGCGGCUGUAUAUGAGCGGUUUUUGGGCGUCGAGCCGGUUGUUGUGACGAGGGCUUAUGGGCAGAAGGAGGUGGAGAGGACGCUGUUGGAGCUGGGGGCGAGGAAGGUGGAUCCGCUUGGUACGGCAUGGAGGGAGAGGUUUGCUGGUGGCGUAGUUCCAUUUAGGUCGUUGAAGGAGCGGUUGCUGUCGGAGAGUAAGGAUAUAGAAGGUAUGGAUAGGUUUGCGCGUAGUAAGUGGUGCAGGAAGUGGUGUAGAGGUUUAAAACUUUGAUUUUGUUUAUUUUGUAUUUUCGAUUUCCGAG